AUGGGAGGGACCCGGCCCGGGUUCGCCUUCGCCCGCCAGCUCAGGAAGCAUCCCGGACUCAUUCCCCUCAUCAGCUUCAUCGGCCUCGGCCUGGGCAGCGCCGCGCUCUACCUGCUCCGCCUGGCCCUCUGUAGCCCCGAUGUGAGCUGGGACAAGAAGAACAACCCAGAGCCGUGGAAUAAACUGAGUCCAAACGACCAGUACAAGUUCCUGGCGGUUUCCACCGACUACAAGAGCUUGAAGAAGGAUCGGCCCGACUUCUGA